GGGUAAUCCCGGGUUAACAAUGUCUAUAUAUAUCUUAUACGUUGCUUAACCUAUAAGAAGAAACGUUUUAGAAACGUUACUGCAGUGUAAUAGAUAAUAUGUAGUCAAAGUGUUGUAGUAUGAAAUAUUAUUAAUUAUAUUCAUAUUGAAAGGGUGAUAGACACAUAUUAAUCACGUGUUACACAGAAGUUUACAUUCAUAACAGGCAGAGAUUAUUAUAUCACACAUACUUGCAUUUAAAUAUCUAUCUCACAAAAUCAACAAUUUAUUUAAAAAAAAAUAAAAAUGAGUGCUAACAAGACAAAAUUAUCAAAAAGUAUCUUAGAAAUGAAAUUUAUGAAACGGACGAAAGAGAAAGUAGAAAAACAACAAUUUCAAGAAGAAGGUGAAGAAUAUUUUGGAAAUGAAUUGACAGAACGUAUGAAGAAAGAUUCGGAAAGAUUUAUUAUUGAACCUAGUUACAUCUUCUGUGAGAAGUUAAUCGAUGGUAGAGUAAGUUUUCAAGGAAUGAAUCCUGAAAUAGAAAGGUUAAUGGAAGAAGAACAGAAAAAUGAAUGUGUAAAAGUAAAAGAAAAGGAAGAAACAGAUAUUUCAGAUGAGCAAAUGGCACAAAAUUGGAAAAAUUAUAGGAAAAUGACAAAGACUGAACGUAAAUAUGAGAAGUCAUUAGAAAGACAAAAUAACGAUAUUGAACCAUUAUCAAAAAAACCAAAAUUUUUAAAACCACAAUAUUAAUAUUUAGUAGGAAUCAUUUACAUGUAUACAUAAUUAAGUUUAAA